AUGGGUAUUCCUUUCAUUUGUUCACAAAUUGAAAGUGGAAAAUUCUCUAGUAUAUCAUCAACAUUACCAUUUACCAGCAUCAAACGAAGAGACUUGAAGUUUGAGUCCAGGCAGUAUUUGUUGUCUGAAAAAUUACUUGUUGAUGUUGACAUCAAGUUUAAGAAACGAAGCCCUUCAGAAGAGUUCAAAAUAAAGAAUAUUUCUCAAGAGAGCUACAGUAAGCAUGAUGUCAGUGAUGAUAAUGAUUGCCAUGAUGAUGGUGAUAGUAUAAAAAACAAAAAGAAUAACUGUCAUAGUCGGGCAUCGAAUGAGCCACACAAAUUAAGAGAUUGUGCCUUCUGUCGCAAGAAUGGUGAACAGAAACAAUUUUAUACCACACACAGCCUUAAGGAUCAGAAAGGAAAUGUGACAUGCCCUGUCCUGCAGAAAUACGUCUGUCCCAGUUGUGGUGCCACCGGUCUUACAGCACACACAAAAUUGUACUGUCCCUAUGAAAAGCAUUACAUAUCACCAGUGGUCAGCCACUUAACUCCACGGAUGAGCUCAGGGAAAAGACGCACAAAAUUCCAGUUAUAACCUGCAUAUCCUUUUUUCUUCGCAAUGAUGGAAACAUUUCUGCUUUUAUGAUCGUCAGACUUGACCGUAGCACUCAAUGUCAUAGUCACCAUUGAGUCAAUAAGGAAAUUUCAAUGGAAUUAGUUGCUCAACUUAUUGGAAACAGUAAUUCAGUCUUCCUUAUAACACAUCCUUGCCAUCUUAGAAAAAGAGAAAGAACACAUGGGAUAUUGUAGUCUAAGAUACAAUAUGUGAAAUUAAGAUGAGCACCAGAGCUGUUUUAGCAGCAUUAUAGUUUCCUCGGCAAAUCAUAGCACUGAGAUCUACAGUAUUUAACUGCAAGCCACAGAAUAUAUGAAUCAGAAUUGGGUCUCUAGAAUCUUGAGGAUCCCAGCCUGCUCAUACCUGAUGAGCAUGACAGAAAACCACAGACCUAAUUUAUUGUACUUACAUUAUUGAAUACUUUUGUUUUUUAAAGCGUCAUUAGACAUUUGCUGGUCCUUUAUUUUUUAAUUGAUAAUUAAGCAUUAAAAGAUAAAACUGUUUUAUGUUAACGAUUAAAUAUAAAAUAAACAAUCGAGAUUAGGAAGCAUUACAACACACACUGAAAGUAUUUUUUACUUGAAAAUCUGGGAAAGACUUCCGUCCCCUCGCAUUUCUCCGAAAUUUAUUUAUUAAAAAAAUUUUUUUUUUGUCAAAACCCCCGUUUUCAGAUACGGAGGUUCGGGAAAAUUGCCCGAAAUCGGCAUUGUUAAUUCCCCACCUCCCAAUUCUUCAAUUUUUACUUUUUCCCCCAACACUAACCCUAACCCUAAAACCACAGCCCUAAAACCCUAACCCUAACCGAACCUACAGAAAUGUUAUGAAAUUUUUGUCCGAAUCAUAAUGUCCGUAUUUUUCCGCAUAUUUAGAAAAAAAUAAAAAUAAAUUCUUAAAAAAAAAAAUUUUACAAAAAUGUUUGGAAAUUUUUUUCAGGAUCAUAAUCUCCAUAUUUUUCCGCAUAUUUUGAAAAAAACAUUCUGAAAAAAAAAAAAAAAAGAAGGAAAUGGGGGUGGGAGUGGUAAUUUAAAAAUGCCGAUUUUUUUUUUGCAGAUUCGUAUUCCCCGUAACCGAAAAGUGGGGUUUGUGUCGG